AUGACCCCCUCAAUCGCCGCAAGUUCAGUCCGAACAGACAGUGGACGUCUGGCCAAGACAAAUGCGGCGCCUCACAACCCUUGGCCAACUGACCCAUUGGCCUCAUUGAAACGGCCAAACUUUUGGGUUCAAGGACGAGAUCGAGAUCAAUAUUACGUCAUUAUGGGGAGUAGUGGUCGGUAUGCCGAAGAAGCAGGUCGUCGGCCGGAAGUGGCUGUAAUUCAAGGAAGAUGCGGCGCAAAGACAUUCAUACCACUUCUUUCCUUGUCGUAG